CUGUGGCUGCACUGGAGAAAGGUUGGUAGUGCGCUGCAGCGAGCAUGGCCCGUACCAAGCAGACGGCUCGUAAGUCUACUGGUGGCAAAGCGCCUCGCAAGCAGCUUGCCACUAAAGCUGCCCGGAAAAGCGCCCCAGCCACGGGCGGGGUGAAGAAGCCCCAUCGCUACCGCCCCGGCACCGUGGCCCUGCGGGAAAUCCGCCGCUACCAGAAAUCCACCGAGUUGCUGAUCCGCAAGCUGCCCUUCCAGCGCCUGGUGCGGGAGAUCGCCCAGGACUUCAAGACGGACCUGCGCUUCCAGAGCUCGGCUGUCAUGGCCCUGCAGGAGGCGAGUGAGGCUUAUCUGGUGGGGCUCUUCGAGGAUACCAACCUUUGUCUGAACGUUGUAUUUUUUGUAGUCAUGUCUGGUCGUGGAAAGGGUGGUAAGGGGCUGGGGAAAGGUGGCGCUAAGAGACAUCGUAAAGUGCUGCGAGAUAACAUCCAGGGCAUCACUAAGCCUGCGAUCCGCCGCUUGGCUCGUCGCGGCGGGGUGAAGCGCAUCUCGGGGCUGAUCUAUGAAGAGACCCGCGGGGUGCUGAAGGUUUUCCUGGAGAACGUGAUCCGCGACGCGGUGACUUACACCGAGCACGCCAAGCGGAAAACGGUGACCGCCAUGGACGUAGUGUACGCCCUGAAGCGCCAAGGGCGCACCCUGUACGGCUUCGGAGGCUGAUUUAUUUCUUUUAGGCGUGAUACGCAUUUUGUUCAACCCAAAGGCUCUUUUAAGGGCCACC